AUGGCGUACAACGAGCUCUACCAAUAUUCCGUCGUCUCCGCCCUCAUGGAAGGGCUCGGGGACUUCGGCCUGCCUUAUAAAGAUCUCGUCUCCCACGGCGACCACGGCCUCGGAACGUUUCGUCGAAUGGACGGCGAGAUGAUUGCCCUCGAUGGCCAAGUCUACCAAAUGAAAGCCGAUGGCUCAAUCAUUAAAGUUGAUACCACUGGGGGUUCAGACAUUGCACCCUUUGCGCAGCUCACUCGCUUCCAAGCCUCUGCCACUGCCGAUGUCGAGUUCAAGGACAAGCAGGGCUUCUCAGAUGCAUUAUCCAAGCUUUUACCAAAGACCAAAAAUCACUUCGUAGCCUUUCGUGUUGAUGGGCUCUUUAAAGUGGUAGCAGUUCGCACCGCAGGCGGUCAAUUCUGUCGUCAUGAAAACAUCAGAGAGUUACACAAGCGCCAAACCACCUACGAGUUCACCAACGUCCGCGGAAGUAUUAUCGGAUUCAGAUCACCAGAUUUUCUACAGGGAGUCGGUGUAGCAGGCGACCAUCUUCACUUUAUUUCCGAUGAGAGAGACAGAGGCGGACAUGUGUUGGAGGUUACCACUUUGGAGGGCUCACCAGUUAAGCUCUCCGCAGCAGUUCAAAGCAAAGUCCAUCUCGAAUUCCCAGAGGAUGAAGACUACAAAGAGGUGAAUCUCAAAGUCGAUGCUGAUCGGAUUCGUAUUGUGGAGGGCUGA